AACAAUUGUCACUGUUCGAUCGGCUUUCUUGGAGGAAAGAUGCGAGAAGAAAUUAAUAUUGUUUUACAAAAUUGAUUAAAAAUAUUUUAUUUCAAGCUUAAUUUCUGUUGAAAAAUGACGAUUAUAGUAUUUUUAAUUGAUACUUCAGCCUCGAUGUUCCAAAGGACGUAUAUAGGAGGUCGAAACACAAUUUUAGAUGUUGCCAAAUCCGCUGUUGAAACAUUUGUCAAAGUGAGGCAGAGAAAUAUGGAUAGCAGAAACGAUAGGUAUAUGCUUCUCACGUUCGAGGAACAUCCGAAUAAUAUCAAAGCAGGAUGGAAAGAAAACUUGGCAACGUUCAUGAACGAACUGAAGAACCUACAAUGUUUUUCUAUGACUACGAUGGGAACUGCUGUAAAACAAGCUUUCGAUAUUUUAAAUAUAAAUAGAAUGACUUCUGGUAUCGACACGUAUGGCCAAGGAAGAUGUCCUUUUUUUCUGGAAACUGCUAUUAUUGUUUUAAUUACAGAUGGUGGAAAAUUAACUAAUGCUAAUGGGGUUCAAGAAGACUUCACCCUUCCAAUGCACUCACCUAUACCCGGUUCUGAAUUAACUCGAGAACCUUUUCGUUGGGACCAGCGAUUAUUUGCGUUAGUUCUGAGGCUGUCAGGCACUCCGGCAAUAGAUAGGGACACUGGGUUGGUCCCAAGCGAUAACAGUCCCAUAGAUGCCAUGUGCGAAGUCACCGGGGGAAGAUCGUACUGUAUAACUUCACAUAGAAUGUUGAACCAGUGCAUCGAUAGCUUAGUACAAAAGGUUCAGAAUGGUGUAGUAAUAAAUUUUGAAAAAAUAGGACCCGAUCCACCACCCCCUCAGUUUGACAAAAAUGAAGAGGGAAAGGAUGAACUGAAGGAAAACGAUUGGAUGGAAACUAUACAUAAUCCAUUGAAUAUAUCUUGGCAUAACUGCAGGAAGAUGAUUUAUGUACCAAAACCAACCCCUAAAUCUUUUUUUAUGGGUUUUUGGCCUAUUCCUGAAUCAUUCUGGCCCGAGUUGACUACCUCGGUGUUACCAGCUAGAUCGGCCCAUCCUAACGUAAGAUUCACGUGUACCAGUCAAGAACCUCUCGUUAUUGAAAAUUUACCUUUCGAUAAAUACGAAUUGGAGCCUUCUCCCUUAACGCAAUAUAUUUUAUCUAGGAAACAACCAAAGACUUGUUGGCAGGUCUUUGUUGCAAAUAGUUAUAAAAAUUCUGAUGUCGGUCAUCCAUUUGGAUAUUUGAAAGCCAGUACCAACCUGACAUGUGUCAAUCUGUUCGUAAUGCCCUAUAAUUACCCCGUUUUACUACCUCUGUUAGAUGAGCUGUCCAAGAUACACAGAUGGAAACCGACACCCGAGUGGCGGACACAGUUUCAAAACUAUUUGAGGACUUUACCUGCCUAUUAUGCGGCGCCUUUGAGGAAAGCGCUGACAAGAAUGGGUACCCCAAUGCCUCUAGCACAGACUUUGAUACCGGAAAACUCAGAAGCUUUAAGUUACACGGUUUCGAACUACCUCAAAAGGAUAAAAAAUUCCGCAAAAUCAGAGUACGAUAAAAUGUGUAACGAUAUAAUACAAAGACAAAACAAUGUGAAUAACCACAAAAAUAGUUAUAGCGUACCCGAGAAAGUACUGGUGAAGGUCACACUUAAAAAAGAACUGAUAAGUCACCCCUUACUGUCAGAUAAAUUCAACGCUCAACGAGAUCAAUUGUUACCUCAAGGAAGCCCCAUUAGCCUCUCGAUACCGAAUUUGGACAAGGAAAGGCAGAGUAUGAGUUUCAAGAACGCUUUUGAGAUACCUCGAAACAGGUUGAUUUAUCAGGUGAUACGAAUGAGGAACAACUUCAUGCAGCCCGAUUGGAUAUCGCACGAUCUGGACAGUGCGCAUUCUUUGCCGAUCUCUCAGAUGGGCAACUAUCAAGAACACCUCAAAAGACAAACUCCCCAACUUCGAGAGAUCGAAAGCACGCCCGUUAGGCAACAUAUGUUUGGAAAUCCGUUCAAAAUCGACAAGAGGAUGAUGGUAGAUGAAGCCGACAUAGAUCUAGUGGGCUCACCGGGCACAAACAGAAACAACAAACGUCCAAUAUCCAGCACCGAUAACAACAGUAGGGCAUCUGCGAAGAGAAAACCAGGACCUCUACCGAAGCAGUUCAGGUUCAGAAGACCGAGUGAAAACGUUUCAUCAGCUCCUUCGACUCCUGAACGUUCACCCUCACCUUGGUCGAACAUCAUAGAGAGGGACAUUCCGAGUUUCGAUGAGCCUCCACUCAUAAUCGAAAACGGUCUGGAUUCCCCAUUGAGCAGUCCCAUGUCGAGUGAUAGGUCCAGAUCUCCGUCGCCCCCGUUGGAAGUGCCAAAUCAUAGUGUACCUAACGAGAAUCACGUUGCAUUAAGGACUAAUCCGGUUCAGUACAAUUGUUCGCCUGUGAUGGAAGUGAACAUGAACUCUUCAAACAGUUUAUCGUAUUCUAAUUCGUCGGUGUCGAACUCGAAUAGUGACGAUAAAAUAUCGCAAAUUCUGAAGGAAGUCAACAGUUUGCCUUCCGUAGUCCUGAAUCAUAACAAUCACGAACCUGCAGUUCCGGAGCAGAAGCCUGUGGUCCAGUCCGAAGAGGAGAUCGAAGAUAUCAAAGCACAAAACUUCCAAAUACGGAAAACGCUCAAUAAAUUGGUGAGGAGGCCGGGGAAGAACUACUCGGAACUGUUCAACACUAUAAGAACUCUGAAAGGUGAUGCUGACAUGCAAGUUGGUGUUGUUAAACUGAUAAUCAAAGAAUCGUUGAGGUUCAAAAGACAAUACUUGGUCUCCUUGUUGGAGGAACACAUAAAUACUCUGAAGGGUAUAGAAAACAAACAAUAAACGGGGGUCGUGUGUAACUUUUCUAAUUUUAUACUUUGAUACAAGAUGCAAAACCCAAUGUUCUCUAAUUCAAACGAUUCUAUGUUAUGAAAUGUAACAAUUGCGUUUCAUUCAAUUGAUUGUUGUCGUUAUUGACGUGCAAAAUUUCGAAUUUUACUUUGAGACAUUGUAAAUAUUAACAAAGGAGUGCCUUAACGGGCUAAAAUUCGUUGAUUUUGUGUUGCGAUGACUGGAUCUGAGAAUUUUGUACAUAUACGAGAUGAUUAAAACUGUUAUUUCUUUUCGGAAUUGAGUUUUGUAAAUUUGAAAGUUUUUAGAUGUUAAUUUUAUUAAUAAAUUAUUUAUUCUAUAUAGCCUCAUUAAAUAUUUUGA